CCACGCUAUGAAGAACCAGGAUAGAGAGGCAUGACGACAAUCAGGCUUCCUUCUCGGUGCCAAUGGCAAUGGUCAUGCCCAUGCAGUCCCCUGGUCUGUGACAAGAGUCAAGGCCGAUUUGAGUAGGUAUAAGAAGGGGGCUUGACCACUGGUUUCAAAAACGAAGGAUUCAGGCAAUUAUGCCAUUUCACAACUCAGAGUCUUGUAGGACACUCAAAGAGACACAGCCACAACAGAACGAAAUUUCCAACCCAUCAGCAACAAUCAGUACCGGCACCAGCAGAGGCACCACCCCCAAGUAUGAUCAUGAGCAAACCAAAUCAACCGAUUCUGCGUACAGAGCGUCUGGAGCUCCGACCACUCGGACCCGAACACUUUGAACUCACCAGACAACUAGACUUUGACCCGGAUGUCAUGAGAUAUGUUCUGACCGGAAAACCAUUGACACCGGAGCAAGCCGUCGAGGUGCAUCAGUGGCUCAUGGAUUCUGCGAAACCCAUCCUCGGCCUCGGUUGUUGGGUCGGUUUUAUCGGUCAAGACUUUGUAGGAUGGUGGGUCCUGGCACCUUCAGCGUCUCGUCAGCAGACAAACGCGAAGAAAGAAGAGGGCGACGAGGAAGAGCCGUCCCCGACCGACGAAAAAUACAACCCCGAUCGAGCAGAAUUCGGAUGGAGGUUGUUGCCCAAGUUUUGGAGGCGAGGUUUGGCAAAGGAAGGUUCGCGAGAACUGUUGAGGUAUGCGUUCCAGAACUUGCAAUUGAAAGAGGUGGUGGGGGAUACCAUGACGGUCAACGUGGCCUCCAGGGCCACGAUGGUUUCUUGUGGGUUACAACACGUUCGAACUUUUUACAACACUUACGACGGUGUCGAUCCAAUCCCGGGUAUCGAGGAAGGUGAGGUGGAAUAUCGAAUCACCCGGGACGAGUGGUGGUCGGCUUUCACUUCGAGCCAGCAACAGCCUGUUGUGCAUGUACACCCACAGUCCACUACUACUGUAGGUUAGCACCUUGGUACUCGGCACUUACAGUUGACCAUCUCGUGGAGUUUCGUGGGUGAACGGCUUGACUAGUAGUAAGUAACACGAGUCAUUGCCGUCAACGACCAGGUCCAGAAGAAGGUUUGCGGAACAAAGGAGAGAGGCAGGGCACGAGGUACUUCUUCGUAGAGGCAGCGGGUGGGACGCAACAAAAGUCUUUGUGUACAAGUUCUUUUCCUUCACGAACAUCCCGUAUAUUGCCCCUUUUUGGGGAACAAAAGCC